CGUGUAUUUAAUCCAAUAACGUUGUGAAGUUGGCAGAGACGCAAUCGUUAUUUUUUUUCACAGUUUUUGUAGUCACCUACGUAAGUGGAUAAAUAACUUUUAUAAUCGUCAAAAAUAUUUAAAACUAAAAAAAUGAUGAUGGACUAUGACAGAAUGUCGUACAUUUUCGGCAGUUUCGCCAGAAGAAGACAAAGCCAGGAACCAUCUGGCGCUAAGAGACGUUCUAUGGACCAUACAAAGAAGCUCAACCAGGAUAAGCUGAGUCCGCACCAAUCCAAAAAGCAAAUGGUUGCGUUUCAAAGAACGAAGAGUACCUUGGGGUACUCUUUCGACGAUGCCAAAUUCAGGUGUCCAAUGUGCAAAAAACAAUUUGAAGAUCCCAGAAUAUUACCUUGUCUUCAUACCUUUUGCUUGAAAUGCUUAGAACAAUUUGAAAGAACGGAUUUUACUUUAUGGAAAGAUGAUGAUGAAGCUCCACAAACUGACAGCUCGUCGGGAUCCAGAAAAGCGAGUUCUGCGGGCUCAGGUUAUGUCAGCGAACGUCCUGAUGAUCUGAGCCCUGGAAAAUCAUUCUAUUGUCCUUCGUGUUACUCCAGUAUCGAUUUGCCGGUAGAGGGCGCUAUGGGAUUUCUUCCUAACUAUCUGUUGAAACAUAAAAUUUUGCUGGGUAUUACGAAUGCCAAUAAUGAAAAUCAAGCUUGUGGUAUUUGUAUGUCUGAUAAAUCUGUAACUUUUAGAUGCAAGGACUGCUCACUGAACCUCUGCGAUGUUUGUGAAGAGGCACAUCACAGGCAAAAAGCAUCUGCUGAACAUAAAAUAUCGAUGGUAGAUUUAGGAAGAGACAGAGAAACCAAACAACCAAUGAUGUGCUUGAAACAUCCCGACAUGGAGAUGACAUUGUUUUGUUCUUCUUGUUAUCAGGUAAUCUGUAAAGAUUGUGCUUUCAAUUUUCAUCGAGACCACAAUUGCGAACCGAUUUCAAAAGCUGUUAAAUCACAUUUUACAAAAUUACGGUUGCUGGCAGAUCGAGCAAAGAACGUGGUAGAAGAUUCUGCUGUAGCUUCCAGCAAAUUAAACGCUACCUUUAAAAAAGUUGAAACACAGUGUAGCUCUGUUCAGAGUGAUGUGGAGAAAUUCAUAGAGGAGUACAUACAGUCUGUGGAGAAUCAUAAGAUUGGUCUAUUGGACCAAAUUAAACAGGUCAGAGAAGAAAAGCUCCAAAACAUUUCCCAGGAAAAGGAAAAACUGCAGAAAAAACUUCGAGACGCUAGAGAUGUCUCGUAUUUUCUUUCAGAUCUUUUAAACGAUGGAUCCGAUGCUGAAAUUUUGACUUAUUUGCAAACGAUAUUGGAUAAAAUUGAGAAGUGCGGAAAUUUUGAUGCAACAACCGAUUUAAAGUUAUCGGGAUCGUUACAUUUUUUAAAAGAAGAAACCGUUAAGUGUCCUAAUAGUUUCUUUACAAUUUACGGUGUUCUCACAACGCAAAGUGUGUCACCGGAAAAUUGUUUUUUAAAUACAACAGAACUCCAAAGCCUGAGAGUAGGUAAAAAGGUAGAGGUACUUCUUGAAACCAGAGACCACGAUGACAUGUCUAUAGAAAGAGGUGGGGAGGAAGUAACAGCGGAUAUUCGCCAUCGGGAAGCUGGAGUUUCAAAAUCUCUAAUAGUAAAAGUUAAAGAUAAAAGAAACGGAACAUACCUUAUUUCUUUUGUUCCCGAUGUACCCGGAAAACUGGUUUUAAACGUUUAUAUUAAAGGACAACCUGUAAAGGGUAGUCCGUUUCCUGUAAAUGUAAGGACGAUAAAGCAACACAUUGGUUUGUACCAUUGUUGUACAUUUUGUUCAAGUAAAGGCAGUAAGGAGGCCACGUGUGGUUGUGCGGGAAUAAUGCCCGGAGGGUACAAAGGUUGUGGACACGGACACGAAGGACACCCAGGACGACGACACUGGUCUUGUUGUGGAAAUAUUUUAGAACAUUCUGAAUGUACAAGAACCAAACAAUCUAGUUACGAAAACAGUUACAACUUAAAUUAAUACAUACUGUAUUAGAUUUAAUCAAUAAAAAUUAAAACUACC